ACACAGAUUUAUAAACAGACUGGUUCAGGAAAAAAAACGACGGUGUACGUUCUUUUGUUGUUAUUGGGCUAUUCCCAUUGGUGGCGUCAUGGUGUUUGUCAAGGUUGUUAAAAGUAAAUCUUAUUUCAAGCGGUAUCAGGUAAAAUAUCGUCGGAGAAGAGAAGGAAAGACGGAUUACUAUGCGCGACGCCGAUUGGUUAACCAAGAUCAAAAUAAGUACAACUGUCAUAAGUACAGAUUUGUAGUUCGACGGACUAAUCAAAGAAUCAUCUGCCAAGUUGUGUAUUCAACUAUUCAAGGAGAUCAUGUCAUCACAAGUGCCGAUUCGUUUGAAUUAAAGAAAUAUGGUAUACCUGUCGGGCUGAGUAACUACGCUGCGGCGUAUGCCACUGGAUUACUAGCGGCCAGACGUUUACUAGUCUCUUUGGGUAUUGAUAAGAAAUUCGAAGGAGUUGUUAAUGUGACGGGUGAAGAAUAUCAUGUUGAAGAAGAAAUGCGAGAAGACUGCCGACCUUUUAAAGCAAUGUUAGAUGUCGGACUUGUUCGAACGACAACUGGAAACAGAGUGUUUGGAGCAAUGAAAGGAGCAUGUGAUGGUGGUCUUCAUAUACCUCACAGCACCAAGCGGUUUCCAGGUGCGUCAAGCGAGAAAGGACAGAAAGAAAAAUACGAUCCCGAAGUUCAUCGUGCAAGAAUUUACGGACAACAUGUAGCAGAAUAUAUGCGUCACUUACAAUCUGAAUCUCCAGAUAAGUUCAAAGCGCAUUUCUCUAGAUUUAUAAAAGAAAAUAUCUCACCUGACUCAAUUGAAGAAAUGUAUACAAAAGCUCACGCUCAAAUUCGCGCACAUCCUGAGCAUCAAAAGAAGGAAAAAGAACAUGCCAAGAAUGUUCGUGAUGGAAACUUCAUUUGCUCUGGCAAUGUUAAGUACUUGAGACCGUUGAAAAUGACUCGUGAACAACGUCGUGAUCGUGUUACACAAAAACUUCAAAUUAUGGCACAAAAAAUGGAAACUGCUGAGUAGUGCCAUUUCUAUUUCGUGUCUAGUUUUUUUUUUUUUAGUUCACACUCUCCGUGUAAUGGUAACUAUCAUAAAAACUGUAAACAUUUCUAGUUUAACAUAAAAAAACAAGGACAGAUUUGAAUGAAAAUUCCUUCUUUCAGUGAAAGCAAAUAGAUCUUUCUAGCAAAAAGUUUUUUUAGGUAAAUUUUUUUUUUUAAUAUUUUUAAAACUUAAUUGAACGUAGCAUAAAACGGUUUUUAGAGUUU